AUGAAGGACCAAGUCCAUAUAGAGGAUUUGAGGGUAGAAACUGCCAUAGGACCUGAUUCAUGGAACCAGAAUAAUUCGCAACAAUGUUUUCUGACGUUGGACAUGCAAACAGACUUUAGUAAAGCAGCGGCAGGCGAUGAUUUGAACUAUACUUUGAAUUAUGCUGUUAUUUCUAGAGAUGUUAUGAAACAUGUUCAGACAAAAGCCAACUGGGGUUCACUUGGAAAUCUAUCCAAAUCAAUUACUAAUUAUGUCAUGUCAAAAUUUAUUGGCAUAGAUUCGCUAAGACUACGAGUGCAGACGCGAACAGGUCACAUUAGAAGUGAUGACAUAUCCUGUGUUAUCAAUGAGAACCGAAAUUCUGAUGAAAACCUUGAACAUAAUAUGCUUCAUAUCUCUAACCUGAAGAUGCUCACAUUAAUUGGCGUUUUCACCUUUGAGCGGCUACAAAAACAGUAUAUCACGCUCGACUUGAAAAUUCCAUGGCCAAAGGAAGCUCCCUGCCAUGCAUCUUAUAAAUCAGUGAUAGAAGAUACUGUGCAGCUGGUCGAGAACUCAAACUUUUUGACUGUGGAAGCGUUAGUAGAAUCCGUCGCUGCAAUCAUUUCAGAAAAUGCCCUGUUCCAAAAGUACCCUGAAAUGCCAAUAGAAGUCAAAGUGAUCAAGCUUAAUGCAAUCACAGCAACUUCUGGCGUGGGAGUAAGCUGUGUUAGAAGAGCUACUGAAGUGGAACACUCAGAAGUUUCAUCAGCGCCAAAUAGCAACCUCAACCGAGAGACCUUAAGCUUGCCUAUUAGAAAUGAUGAACAGGAGGGAAAUGGAAGUUCCGUCGGUACAUGGAAUGUUGCUUACCUAGCGUUUGGAUCUAAUAUUGGAGACAAACUUCAAAAUGUUCGCCUGGCGCUCGAUUUGCUGUCGCAAAGGGCCCAAAUUAAGAUAAAGACAAUGUCAUCUCUGUUCGAGAGUGAACCAAUGUAUUUUGCAGAUCAGGAUACCUACCUUAAUGGUUGCAUCAAGAUCGAAACCACGUAUUCGCCUCAGGAACUGUUGAAGUGCUGCAAGGAAAUUGAGUAUGAGGAGUUGAAGAGAAUCAAAAAAUUUGACAAUGGACCUAGAAUAAUUGAUCUUGACAUUGUCAUGUAUCUAAAUGGCUUGGAUAAACAGGUUGUGGUUGACGACGACAAUUUGGCUGUUCCUCAUGCGAGGAUGCUGGAGAGAUCAUUCGUACUUGAACCAUUGUGUGAGAUUUUGCCCCCAGAUCAAACACAUCCACUCACUACUGAACCACUUAUUGACCAUUUGAAACAACUCUACUCCAGGGGCAAUAAAGAUGAUCUUCUACGCAAUCUGGUUCCUAUUGGCUUUAGCAACUCAUUGACUGACUUCCUCAAAUUUGAUAACGUCACAGAGCAGCAAACUGUCAGUAAUGUGUCCAAAAGGAUCAAUAGAAGCCCUACUUUAUUGAUGGGUAUUUUGAACACGACACCAGACUCGUUCUCAGAUGGAGGUGUGCAUUACUCCGACGUUGAGGAACAACUUUCCUAUGUCAAACAGAUGUGCCAAGACGCUUUUAAAUUGCAAUCAAAAAUUCUAAUAGAUAUAGGAGGAUGUUCAACAAGACCAAAAUCUGUGCAAGUAUCAGAGGAAAUUGAAUUAGAGCGAGUGAUCCCUAUCAUUAAGGCUAUUCGAGCAUGCAAAGAAAUACCACAGGAUGACGUUAUCAUAUCCAUUGAUACCUACCGCUCAGCAGUUGCUCGGGAAGCUGUAAAUGCUGGUGCAAAUAUCAUUAACGACAUCUCAGGAGGCACUUUUGAUCCCAAAAUGUAUGCUGUUGUCGCAUCGAACCCAAGAGUAGGAUACGUGCUGUCCCAUAUACGAGGGAACAUAAGCAAUAUGGUCAAGCAAACGGACUAUGAAGAGAAAGUCGAGGACAAUAUCAGUACAUACCUCUUUGACGAGGUAAAUAAAGAUCCCGAGACAGCUCUAAUCCGAACGAUCGGCAAAGAGCUAAGUGAGAUGUAUUCCAGAGCCAUCGAAAAAGGCAUCUCACGUUGGCAGAUCAUAUUGGAUCCAGGCAUUGGGUUUGCGAAGAACGGGAAACAAAACUUAGAGAUUAUAAGACAGUUACCUUUACUCAAGAAUUUCUCUUGUAAGUUAGAGAAUGGCAAUUUCGUCAACUUACGAAACCUGCCCGUAUUGGUGGGACCUUCACGCAAGCAAUUCAUUGGAAAGAUAACUAGGGAUGAAACACCAAGCGAUAGAGAUUUUGCCACGGGUGCGAUAAUCACCUGCUGCAUUGGCUUUGGAGCCGACAUUGUCAGGGUCCACAAUGUGAAAGAGUGUUCGAAAGCAGUCAAACUGGCCGAUGCUCUGUAUAAACAGGUUCUCUAA